GGGACAGGAGGGGACAGGAGGGGACAGGAGGGGACAGGAGGUGGCCAGGGCUGGCAGGAGCCGAUAGCGCGCGGCCCUUCCUGUGUGGCCCUGUCCCCCCCCUUGGGGACAUCCUGGGGUGGGGACAUCCUGUCCCCCCCUUGUCCCCUGCGGGCGUUAUCAGCCCUGGGGACACUGGGGACACUGGGGACACCACUGGGGACAUUGGGGACACCACUGGGGACAUUGGGGACAAUGUACGGGAACGUGGAGACCGCGCUGGACAAACCCUGGGGAGCCGGGGAAGGCUGUCCCCACCCCCCCCCGGACGAGGACCCCUACGAGCCCCUGGACCCCUCCCCCCCCCGGCCGGGGGCGCCCCCCGCGCUCCCCUCCCCCCCCCGGCUGUCGCCCCGGGUGGCGCUGGUGGCGCUGGUGGCGCUGGUGGCGCUGGCGGUGACGCUGCUGCUGCUGCUGGGGACACUCGGGGCGCGCCGCAUCUCGGCCCUGGAGGCCGCCCUGGAGGCCGAGAAGGCGAAGGAGCCUCCGCCACCCUCAGGCUCCGGCUCCUCCCCGGAUCCCCGUGGCCAGCCGCCGGUGUCCCCAGCUGUGCCCCCGGUGUCCCCAGCUGUGUCCCCGGUGUCCCCAGCUGUGCCCCCGGUGUCCCCCGCGGUGUCCCCCGCGGUGUCCCCAAGCUGUCCCUGUGUCCCCGCGGUGUCCCCAAGCUGUCCCUGUGUCCCCGCGGUGUCCCCAAGCUGUCCCUGUGUCCCCGCGGUGUCGGGCUCUUUCCUCCUCUACAACGAGCGCCACUCUGGCUGCGUGGUGUCCUCCGGCCGGGCUCUGUCACUGUCGCCCUGCUCGCCCUCCUCGGUGUCGCAGCGCUUCCAGUGGCUGUCGGGGGGGCGGCUGCGGCACCUGGGCUCGGGGCUGUGUGCGGGGGUGGCCCGGCCGGUCCGGCUGGCGCUGGUUCUGCUGGGCCCGUGCCGGGAGCGCUCGGGGCUGCAGCGCUGGGAGUGCGGCCCCGGGGCGCUGCUGGCGCUGGCCGGGACCGCGCUGCGCUUCAACUUCGGCCACGAGGCGCAGCGCAGGGUGAUGCUCCACGAGGGCGACGGCGACUGGAGCCGCUGGGUGGCCCACGGCACCUCGGAGGAUGUUUGCUCGCGGGCCUGUCUCCUGCCCUGCUCCAAGGGCUGGGUCUUUUUCCGGAAUUCCUGUUAUUUCUUCUCAAAUUCCGCCGCUUCCUGGGAGAAUUCCCAGUUUUUCUGCUCGGCUUUGGGGGCGCAGCUGCUCGAGGUCGACGAUGCCGAGGAAAAGCGCCACAUCCAGGCCCAGCUGCGGGGCCCGUCCUGGCUCGGGAUCCGUGACCGGGAUCAGGAGGGGACCUGGACCCGCGGGGACGGAACCGCCCUGGAGCCCAACAGCAGCUGGUGGCACCGGGACGAGCCCAACGGGGGCUCCCUGGAGAAUUGCGCUGCCGUGGGGCCGGACGGGCUCUGGGCCGAUUAUCCCUGCGGGACCCCCCUGGGCUGGGUCUGCGAGGGACCCCCCUGAGCCCAAAAAUCCUGGAAUUCACCCCGGAAUCCCGGGAACCUUCUGGAAACCCGGGAAAAGCGGCGAUAAACGGAGUGUGUUCACUGGA